GUUUCGGCCAUAAGUGCCAUAACAUUGCGAGACACGGCUGUGAGCCGUGAGCGUCGAAAAGGGUGUUGUUGUUCGCAUUCGCGCCUAUUUAUAUUUGUAUUUAUAACUGAUUUCGUGCAACAAGCAAGCAGCGAGCCGUGUGGUAAGUGAUCACCGACGAUGAGCGCCGAGGAGGAAGUGUUGCGUAUCCAGAAAAAGCUCAACAAGAUGUCAAGCGGUGACGGGACGGGCCAGGAACAGGCUUUGGAAUUGCUCAAAGUACUUCAAAAAUUGCCUGUUGACCUAGAACUUUUGACUAAGACACGCAUUGGAAUGACUGUGAACGCCUUGAGGAAAUCAAGUAGAGACGAAGAAGUUAUUUCUUUAUCGAAGACACUUAUUAAGAACUGGAAAAAGUUCUUAUCUGGGUCAAAUAAAGAGAAAGACUCUACGUCGUCGAGUAGUUCAAAAAAGAAGGACGAAAAACCAGACAAAAUAAAGGAAGAAAGCGAUCAGAAGAAGGAGAAAGAUACAAUGGAUGUUGUCGACGCAAAAGUGAAGGAAGAGAAACCUGUCAAAGACAUUCAAAGGAAACAAGCGUCUUUCCCUGCUCCUACCACAACAGAUGCAGUCAGAUUAAAAUGUAGAGAGCUGUUAGCGUCAGCUUUACAUGUUGAUGGAAAAGUUGUCGAUGGAUGUGCUAGUCCAGAAGAAUUAGCGGAAGAAUUGGAGGAAGCAAUCUAUGCAGAAUUUAAAAAUACCGAUAACAGAUACAAAAAUAGGGUACGCAGCAGAGUUGCCAAUCUGCGUGAUGCGAAGAAUCCCAAUUUACGGACGAACUUCUUGGUAGGUGCGAUCACGCCCGCUAGGCUAGCGGUGAUGACGGCGGAGGAGAUGGCGAGUGAUGAGAUCAAGCAGCUACGUGAACAAUUCAAGAAGGAGGCUAUCAACGAUGCACAACUCGCCACUGUACAAGGAACCAAGACCGACUUGCUCAAGUGCGGCAAAUGCAAGAAGCGUAACUGCACUUACAAUCAGGUGCAAACACGUUCAGCUGAUGAACCGAUGACUACUUUCGUGUUGUGUAAUGAAUGCGGAAAUCGAUGGAAGUUCUGCUAAGCUAUUAUUUCUCGAUCUAUACCAUAUCGUGACAAAAUACAUCUUUCAAAUCACCAUCAGCUUAGAUAUUUAUAGGUUGAAUAAACAUCAUGAUGUAUA